AUGGAGACCAGUUCUUUUGAGAAUGCUCCUCCUGCAGCCAUCAAUGAUGCUCAGGAUAAUAAUAUAAAUACGGAGACUAAUGACCAGGAAACAAAUCAGCAAUCUAUCGAAACUAGAGAUGCAAUUGACAAAGAAAACGGUGUGCAAACGGAAACUGGUGAGAACUCUGCAAAAAAUGCCGAACAAAACGUUUCUUCUACAAAUUUGAAUAAUGCCCCCACCAAUGGUGCUUUGGACGAUGAUGUUAUCCCAAAUGCUAUUGUUAUUAAAAACAUUCCGUUUGCUAUUAAAAAAGAGCAAUUGUUAGACAUUAUUGAAGAAAUGGAUCUUCCCCUUCCUUAUGCCUUCAAUUACCACUUUGAUAACGGUAUUUUCAGAGGACUAGCCUUUGCGAAUUUCACCACUCCUGAAGAAACUACUCAAGUGAUAACUUCUUUGAAUGGAAAGGAAAUCAGCGGGAGGAAAUUGAAAGUGGAAUAUAAAAAAAUGCUUCCCCAAGCUGAAAGAGAAAGAAUCGAGAGGGAGAAGAGAGAGAAAAGAGGACAAUUAGAAGAACAACACAGAUCGUCAUCUAAUCUUUCUUUGGAUUCUUUAUCUAAAAUGAGUGGAAGCGGAAACAAUAAUACUUCUAACAAUCAAUUAUUCUCGACUCUAAUGAACGGCAUUAAUGCUAAUAGCAUGAUGAACAGUCCAAUGAAUAAUACCAUUAACAAUAACAGUUCUAAUAACAACAAUAGUGGUAACAUCAUUCUGAACCAACCUUCACUUUCUGCCCAACAUACUUCUUCAUCGUUGUACCAAACAAACGUUAAUAAUCAAGCCCAGAUGUCCACUGAGAGAUUUUAUGCGCCUUUACCAUCAACUUCCACUUUGCCUCUCCCACCCCAACAACUGGACUUCAAUGACCCUGACACUUUGGAAAUUUAUUCCCAAUUAUUGUUAUUUAAGGAUAGAGAAAAGUAUUAUUACGAGUUGGCUUAUCCCAUGGGUAUAUCCGCUUCCCACAAGAGAAUUAUCAAUGUUUUGUGCUCGUACUUAGGGCUAGUAGAAGUAUAUGAUCCAAGAUUUAUUAUUAUCAGAAGAAAGAUUCUGGAUCAUGCUAAUUUACAAUCUCAUUUGCAACAACAAGGUCAAAUGACAUCUGCUCAUCCUUUGCAGCCAAACUCCACUGGCGGCUCCAUGAAUAGGUCACAAUCUUAUACAAGUUUGUUACAGGCCCAUGCAGCAGCUGCAGCGAAUAGUAUUAGCAAUCAGGCCGUUAACAAUUCUUCCAACAGCAAUACUAUUAACAGUAAUAACGGUAACGGUAACAAUGUCAUCAUUAAUAACAAUAGCGCCAGCUCAACACCAAAAAUUUCUUCACAGGGACAAUUCUCCAUGCAACCAACACUAACCUCACCUAAAAUGAACAUACACCAUAGUUCUCAAUACAAUUCCGCAGACCAACCGCAACAACCUCAACCACAAACACAGCAAAAUGUUCAGUCAGCUGCGCAACAACAACAAUCUUUUUUAAGACAACAAGCUACUUUAACACCAUCCUCAAGAAUUCCAUCCGGUUAUUCUGCCAACCAUUAUCAAAUCAAUUCCGUUAAUCCCUUACUGAGAAAUUCUCAAAUUUCACCUCCAAAUUCACAAAUCCCAAUCAACAGCCAAACCCUAUCCCAAGCGCAACCACCAGCACAGUCCCAAACUCAACAACGGGUACCAGUGGCAUACCAAAAUGCUUCAUUGUCUUCCCAGCAGUUGUACAACCUUAACGGCCCAUCUUCAGCAAACUCACAGUCCCAACUGCUUCCACAGCACACAAAUGGCUCAGUACAUUCUAAUUUCUCAUAUCAGUCUUAUCACGAUGAGUCCAUGUUGUCCGCACACAAUUUGAAUAGUGCCGACUUGAUCUAUAAAUCUUUGAGUCACUCUGGACUAGAUGAUGGCUUGGAACAGGGCUUGAAUCGUUCUUUAAGCGGACUGGAUUUACAAAACCAAAACAAGAAGAAUCUAUGGUAA